CUCAAGAGAAGUUUGUUUUGCAGGCCUUAGCAUAGGUGUUGGGACACUGCCGAAAACUAUGGCUUUGCAAGGUCUUGCAGACUGGAGGGGACGGCCAGUUAACCAAAAGAGACAUGGUGGAGUGAAAGCCAGCGUGUUCAUCCAUUUUCUCAUCGUGAUGGCAAAUAUAGCAAAUAUACCGGUGAUAUUGAAUCUAGUGAGCUACUUGCUUGGGACGAUGCACAUGGGAGUGAAGGAUGCCUCCACCACCUCCACUAACUUUUUCGGGGCUAUAUGUUUCUUCUCCUUUCUCGGUGCCUUCGUCUCCGAUUCCUACAUCAAGCGCUUCUACACCAUCCUCAUCUUCGCCCCCAUCGAGAUCAUGGGCUACAUGCUCCUAGCAUUCCAAGCUCACUUCCCGUCGCUGCACCCGCCGCCGUGCGACGUCACCAACCACCCCGACGAGUGCACGGCGGUGAGCGGUCGGAACCUGAGCUUGCUCAGCCUGGGCCUGUACCUGAUCCCCGUCGGCGAGGGCUCACUGCGUGCAUGCGCGGCGGCGCUGGGCGGCGACCAGUUCGACGGCGACGACCCGGCGGAGCUGCACGGCAAGAUUAGCUUCUUCAACUGGUUCGCCUUCGGCAUCUCGCUGGGAGGGUUCGUGGGGCUCGUCUUCUUGGUGUGGGUGCAGGACAACGAGGGCUGGGGCCUCAGCUUCGCCCUCUCUGCGCUCAUGGUGCUCGUUGGCACGGUCGUCGUCGGCAUCGGCUUGCCAUUCUACCGGCACCAGAAGCCCACGGGGAGCCCCCUCACAAGAAUCCUUCAGGUUUUCGUAGCUGCCUUUCGUAAGAGGAAGUUAUCAUUGCCUGAGAAUCAGAUGGAGAUGCAGCAUGUGGUCACUGAAAGCACAGGCACGAGCGUUGAAUUCCUGGAGAGAACUUCAGGCUUCAAGUUCCUCGACAAGGCAGCGGUGGACGACGGCGACACGCGGGGGUGGUCGCUGUGCACGGUGACGCAGGUGGAGGAGGCCAAGAUCAUCCUCCGCAUGGUGCCCAUCUUCCUCAGCUCCGUCCUCGGCAACGUCCCCAUCCCUCUGCUCCUCUCCCUCACCGUGCAGCAGGGCGGCACCAUGGACACCCGCCUCGGCGGAACCAGCAUCCCGCCGGCGAGCCUCUUCAUCGUCCCCAUCGUCUUCCAGAUGCUCACCCUGGUCGCCUACGACCGGCUCUUCGUGCCGUGGCUGCGCCGCGCGACGGGGUACGCCGGCGGCGUCACGCACCUGCAGCGCGUGGGCGUCGGGUUCGUGUUCAGCGUCAUGGCGCUCGCCGUCGCCGCCGCCGUGGAGGGCCGCCGGAGGAGCGGGGCGUUCGCGGGGGCCCCGACGAUGUCGGUGUUCUGGCUCACGCCACAGUUCUUCCUGCUGGGCGUGAUGGACGUCACAUCCUUUGUUGGCCUGCUCGAGUUCUUUUACAGCGAGGCCUCCGCCGGCAUGAAGUCCAUCGGCGGCGCCAUUGUCUUCUGCAUCCUCGGCGUCGCGUCGUGGCUCGGGAGCUUCCUCAUCCAGUUGGUCAACCGCACCACCGCCCGCCACGGCGGGGGACAUGGCUGGCUCGACGGCGCUAACCUCAACGCCAGCCGCCUCGAUCUGUUCUACUGGCUCCUCGCCAUGUUCGGGCUCGUCUCCUUCUUUCUCUACUUGCUCUGCGCAUGGAGGUACACCUAUAGACAUGAUCCGAGGACGCAAAGCCGCGAUCCAUGACGAUAAGGUGGCUCCUGAGUCAACGAAGCAGAACACAGUUUGAUUUUGACAUUCCUAUAUUCUAAUCAGAUCCUAAGACAUGAAUUAGUUCUCGAAAUGGAAAAAAAUUUACACCAAAUAAGAAAUAGGAAUACAUCUCAUGAAACUCCAUAUUUUUCUAUAAAUCACAGUAUACAGGUGUAUGCGCACUCACUCUUAUGAAUGUAUUAAUGUACACCUUGCCCUUACCAACA